CUCUCCAAUCCGUCCUCCUCCUCUCCCGCCCCUUCCCCUCCCCUAGGCCGCCCAUCAAGAUGAACAAGUCCUACCUCCUUGCCUUUGCCCUCUUGGCCAUCAGCCAGGCCAACGCCGCUCACGUCCCCUGGAUGUACCGCCGCCAGGCCCUCCCCGAGGACCCCGUGAACCCCCCCAUCGAGAGCAUCGCCUCCGUCAUCGAGAGCGUGGUCAGCGAGAGCCCCUCGGGUCUUCCCUCGGCCAUUGAGUCGAUCCUGACCGAUGCGCCCAUUGCGUCCAUCGUUUCCUCUUUGGAGAGCGCUGGCCCGUCGGUCCUCCCCACCAGCAUUGUGAGCGAGAUCAAGAGCGUCAUCAGCUCUGUGCAAGGCGACGCUUCGUCGAUCAUCUCAAGUGUGGCCAGCGACCAAGGCCCUCUCCCGACGAGCAUCAUCAGCCAAGUCGAGUCCAUUGCGAGCUCAAUCGAGAGCCAGGGGACCUCCAUCGUCUCCUCGAUCUUCAGCGAUGGCAUCCCGGACCCUAACCCUACGUCCGUCAUCUCAGCCAUCGAGUCUGCAGCCAGCUCCGUCGCGGGCGAUGCGUCCAGCAUCAUCUCCUCGGUGAUCAGCGAUCAGGGCCCGGUCCCCACCAGCAUCAUCUCUCAGGUCGAGUCCAUUGCAAGCUCCGUUGCAAGCCAGGCUACCUCGCUGGUAUCUUCAAUCUUCAGCGAUGCCCCCGCCAACCCGUCGUCCGUAGCCUCCGCCAUCGAGAGCGCUGCGAGCUCGGGAGCCGGCGAGGCUUCGAGCAUCAUCAGCUCCAUCGCUUCGGGAGAGGCCAGCGCUCUUCCUAACCCCACGUCGAUUGCGUCAGAGAUCGCCUCGCAGGCCUCAUCCGUCGCCGGGGACGUCUCCUCGAUCCUUAGCUCCAUCGCCUCGCAGGAGCCCAUCCCUACGUCGCUCAUCUCUUCCAUUGAGAGCGCCGUCGAGUCGCAGAUCUCGUCCGUUGUAUCCCAGAUCACCGACGGACCCAUCCCCACUUCUCUGAUCAGCUCGAUCGUCAGCCAGGCCUCGUCCGUCAUCGCCUCUGGCGCUAGCGAGAUCGAGAGCGCCAUCCCCACUGCGGCACCCUCCAUCUCUGGCGCCCCUACCGCCCUGCCCACUGGCAUCUCGUCGAUCAUCAGCAGCAUCGCCAACCCCUCGGAUGUCCCCAGCGUCUCGGUCCCCUCUCAGGUGCCCAGCAUCUCGAUCCCCUCGUCGGUCGUCCCCUCUUCGGUCCUGCCCACCACGCUCCCCACUGGUGCUCCCGCUGCCGGUGACCAGUGCUCCGCUCAGACCGACUGCGGCUCCUCGCUCCUCUGCAACAAGGGCAUCUGCACUCCCCUCGGCCAAGGCACGCUCGACCAGACUUGCUCGACCAGCGCUCAGUGCUCCAACGGCGACACCUGCGUCGAGGGCUACUGUGUUGGCGCCGUGCUCUCCGAGUGCAACGACACGCAAAAUGACUGCGCUGCCGACGAGCUGUGCUUCGCCUACGGAACCGCCGACGAUGACGCCGUCUGCCUGGCUAACCCCGCUGCCGGUGGCGCCUCUUCUACGGGUGCUGUCAGCUCGGCGCAGCCCUCCGUGACGACUUUCACAACUACAUUUACGACGACUUUCGUUACAACGGCCGCCCCAUCAGGCUCUGGCGCCUCCAUGGCUUCUGAGGUUCAACCUGUCACGACCACUGACGUAGUUACCUCGACCGUGACUGUAGAGGGCCCUUCGUCUACCGGAGGAGCUGGUGCCGGCGGCAACGGGCACCCCCACCCUCACCCUCACCCUCACCCUCACCCGCACCCAUCGGCCAGCCGUGGAUCUCACCCACACCCUCGCCCCUCGCACGGCACUCACCCCCACUCUGGCAACAACGGCAGCGGUAGCAACUCGCACCCGUCCAAGAACCACCACGCGCACCCUCACCACAACUCUGGCAGCUCAGGAAACGGCUCGUCUAGCCACAGCGGCUCCGGCUCGUCGUCGUCUGGCCACAAGGGCAACUCGGGCUCUUCGUCCAACGGCAACAAGGGCAGCUCCGGCUCGUCGUCGUCCUCGCAGAUGUGCCAAGCCGUCCGAGCGCUGGCCGACAGCAUCUGCGGCAACUAAGUUGAUUAGUUCGCCCUCUCUCUGGACAUUUUACUGCUCUCUUCUUCUGCCUCGGGUCCCCCAACUUUAUCGACGCUCUUUUCACCCUUUCGCGCUACCUGCCUUUGUGCCGUGACAUCCACUGUUCAUCUUCAUCUUCGCCUUCCUUGGGCGGCCUCCGCUGCAAUUCGUUAUAUUGCUUUUUACCCUCCUGCUUAGACUCGAUAAGAAUUAGAUUUGCGGAGAGUCAAUACAAGCUUUUACCUGCA